AUGGACCGUCGCUUGCAAUUUGCCGAGUGUGAGAGAGCACUGCCCUGUAGCAAGAGGCGACGCGUGGACGACGGGGCACAGGCCCCAGUGAGGAACCCACCGGUGCUGGCCAAAGCCGUUUGGCCCCGGCAACCGAAGCUGUUGCCGCCACCUGCAUCGCCGCCAUUACUGCAGCAGCAGCAGCCGCAGCAGCAGCAGCAGCAGCAGCAGCAGCAGCAGCAGCAGCAGCAGCAGCAGCCGCAGCAGUGGCAGCCAUCUCAGGCGGAGGCAAGUGCACAGUCGGGGCAGCUAGGAAGGCGCCCAGAAGCUGCAGAGUGCGACGACCACUCAAAUGAGGGGCCUAAACUCUCUGCGCCGCAGCAACGCAGGGACGACAGGACAGGGUACUUUUUCAAGAAGCCACAGCAGGAGCCAGGCCGCAGUCGGCCGCUGCAGCAGGCAGGCGUGCGCCGUAUGAACCAGCAGCCGACACAGCAUGAGAGUCCUGUCGGGCAGGCUGGCGGUGUUGUGGGGGUCGAUGAUUAUGAGGAGGGCGAGGAGGAGGGGGAGGAGGGGGGAGAGGAGGGGGAGGAGGAGGAGGAGCAGGAGGAGGAGGAGCGGCCGCAGCUGCACCACGGGAAAACACAGGUGCUGCGGAUGGAGCAGCAGGGGCACGCGCGCCUGCAGCAGCAACCAUUACACAGUCCGCAGCAGGCGUGGGCGGCCGGCAACGCCGGGAAGCGCGGGGAGGGGGGAGAAGAGCUGCUGGCGUCGCUUCUGCAGGAGAGCGGUGGCGAGGAAUCACCAGGGUACGGGUGGCAACAGCAGCAGCAGCAGCAGCAGCAGCAGACGAAGCCAGGGCACCAGCGCGACGCCGCUGCCGAGCGCGCGGCCGCCGCAGGCCCCGCCGCCACCGCGCCGCCACGGCGGCGGCGGCCGGCGGCGGGGCUUGAAGCGGAAGUGCGGCGGCUGCGGCGCUGCGUAGACCUGCUGGAGGAUCUCCUGGGGGCGGCGCAGGUCCGGGAGCAGCUGGCGCGCGGCGAGGUUGCAAGGCUCACCGCGCGCCUCGCGGCCGCCCGGCCGCGUACAUCGGCGGGCGCCGAUGGGGGCACGGAGGCGGGUGCGGAGGCCGGGGCGGGGCCG